AAGGGAAAGAAACGGAAAGAAAUAAAUCCUCGCACUCUUCUUCAUACCUCUCUUGUGAUUGGUAUCUAGGACCAUUCAUCUACCCGUCCAGGAAUCGAAAACAGUUUUUUUUUUAAACUAUUAUUUUUGCCUCCUACAUGUCUCUCUAAUCCCUAAUGUUCCGGGCUUUCCGUGGCGGCCACGAACCCACGGGCACCGACGGUUUCGCUCGUCGUCCGGCGGCAACCAUCCAAAAAAAUGGAAGACAGCGCUGUCGUCGGCUCAUAAUUGUCCACGAGUCGGUUCCGGACGCCAAACAAGGUCUCGAAGAAGAGCGGCAGGGAGCGAGCGAGCGAGGUCGACUGGGGCAUGGCUGCCGCUUCCUCCUCAGUGCUCUUCCCUUCCUCCCGCUUGCGAGGAUUUCACGGUCAUACGCUCGCUCUCCGGCUACCUCCCCGCCCCUCGUUCCUCAGCUCUGGCUCUUCCCGAUGGCUCCGGGUGUCCGCCUCGGCCUCGGUCUCGGUCUCCGUUGAUCCGGAAACCAAAGCUCAACGAGAUGACUUGAGGAACAUUCCGUUGCUUUCCUGCCCAAUUUGCUACGAGCCUUUAAUAAGAAAAGGGCCUUCAGGUUUUAACGUUCCUUCGAUAUACAGGUCUGGUUUCAAGUGCCCAAAAUGUAACAAAUCAUUCAGUAGCAAAGAUGUCUACUUGGAUCUAACUGUCACUUCUGGGACAACUGAGUACAGUGAGUUCAAGCCUGCUAGAACUGAGUUAUUUAGGAGCCCUCUUGUUUCAUUUCUCUAUGAAAGAGGAUGGCGUCAGAACUUCAAUCGAAGUGGGUUUCCAGGUCCUGAUGAAGAGUUCAACAUGGCUCAAGAAUACUUCAAGCCUGUCAAAGGUGGUUUGCUCAUUGAUGUUAGUUGCGGCAGUGGCUUGUUUUCGAGGAAAUUUGCAAAAUCUGGUUCUUAUUCGGCUGUAGUUGCACUGGAUUUUUCUGAGAAUAUGCUUCGCCAAUGCUAUGAGUUCAUUAAACAAGAUGAUACACUUUUGACAACGAACCUUGCUCUUGUAAGAGCAGAUGUGUCGAGGCUUCCUUUUGCAUCUGGUUCUGUUGAUGCCGUUCAUGCUGGUGCUGCAUUGCAUUGCUGGCCUUCUCCUUCCAAUGCGGUUGCUGAAAUAAGCCGGGUACUAAGAAGUGGCGGUGUUUUUGUCGGAACGACCUUUUUAUCAUCUCCAAUCAAUACACCAUUGCCUUUCACGGCAUUGCGGCCGUUAAGACAGUUUUUUAUGCAAGAGAGCAACAGCUAUACCUAUUUCACUGAGAAAGAAAUUGAAGACUUGUGCAAAUCUUGCGGACUCGUUAAUUACUCAAGCACAGUGAGGCGAGCUUUUAUCAUGUUUUCCGCACAGAAACCGUAAUGCAAUGGUAAUUGCCCUGGUUCACCCAAACAGCAACAGCAGCAAACUUUAUGUUGCAUUUAGCAUUAGAAUCAUAUGACGCAUCCAUAUAAUAAAUACAAAGCAACAUACAUGUUAUAACACCAAUAGAUAUACUAUUCAUCCAUUUCAUACUUUGUAACUAAUGUAAGAAUAGUUUUUCAUGACUUGGAACCGUGUUUGUAUAUUUCAUAUGUAUUAUUUUGGCUUCCUUGGACAUGUGCUAAUUGGAAAUGAUCUGUAAGAUUGCCACACAUUUUUAAUAUCAUGUUUUCUAUACAA